CCGCACUGACUGCGUGGCUUGUGCUCCGGACGAAUUUACGCAUGGCGAAACGUGCCGGUCCUGCUCUUGGCCUUUUCUCUUGCUCAGCAACGAUUGCAUUUGGUGGCACCUUCCUUUGAUCAUCGUGUUGUUCCUCUCUUGCUCUGGUCUGGUUUUCCUGGUGCACCGCAUCGUCAAGAAGCGUCACCUGCGUCGGGAAACGAUCCGCCAAGAGGAGGUGAACCAGAUCCUUCAAGAGCUCGAUGAAGAGCUUUGGCAUGAGAAGCUGGAUACCCUGAACAGGUUCUUCGUGGCGUUGAGCAGUUUCGGCUGGACCUGGUCGCACGUGAGUCAGCGAGCUGAAGAGAUCCGGGCUCGUCACAGCGGCCUUGCGGGUGUGAGCCUUGUAUAUCUCAUGGGCGAGUUUGCAGAGUUGGCCUAUGACUGGUCCGGCGAAGAUGAUCCCACUUUCCUUCGCUUGAAGGAGGUCUUCUGGCAAGGCCAGGACAAGAUCGGAUCCAACCUUCGUUGCCCCCGAGAUGGUCGACCGGGCUGUGCGCUGGUUGAUUGGCUUUCCCCAGAGUAUCGCCAAAUGCAGACGCAUUUUAUGUCCUGGAGUUGGAAGUAUUCACUGCGACAACUGCAGAGUGCCAUGAAGAUGUGGAGGGGAACCAGAACGCUGGAGUUUCAAGAUGUCUUCUUCUAUAUGUGCUUCUUCGUCAACAACCAGUUUCGGAUCAUCGUGGAAGGGUCUGCUGCUGGGAGCGACAAUCUAGAAGAGGUCUUUGAGACAAAUCUGCGGCGGAUUGGCCAGGUCGUUGCGGUCUUGGACACAUGGCGGGAACCAAUCUACUUGCAAAGGGUGUGGACGAUCUACGAGCAGUAUGUUGCUUGCUCUUUGGAAGUACCUGUGACCUUCGUCAUGCCGGAACAUGCAAGCGCUUCUCGUCUUAGACGAUGACGAUGCUGAUUGAGUGACAAAAUUUCUGUAACGCUUUUCACCAGCUCCCAUGCUGCUGCAUUUCAAAGAGGUUUUGCUCCCAUGCUCGUCAAAGCACUUGUCAAAGUCAUCCAUGUUGGUUUGGCACCUCAAUAUCUCUGUUUGGAAACAUGUGAGGUGUCCCUGUCACAGCAGAUCCUUGAUUCAAUUGAUUCAGCACAGCUUUCAACCUCUUUGCGACGUAGCUUCUCUUGUUUGCAACCUGUGAAUCCGCUUUGACAUUGAUUUUAGAGCCGAAGCGAAAAGACCAGGAUCUCCAGUGGAGAUGUCGGCAUCAGCGAAGUCACCCGGUCCCUGUGUGAUGUGAAUGUGGCCCAUGCCACAGCAUUCGAUCCUAGAGACGAGGAGAAGGUCAAGAGGAACAUCCAGUGCACGGUAGGCUUUGAGCGAGUGAAUCAGCAUGUGAAAGAGGCAAUGAUCCAGUGGAUUGGAGUGGUGGUCAGGGAGAAGUUCCAAAAGCUCAUUGAUGCAAGUGAUUGUCAGGACGUCUUUUCGGUCUAGCAGAAGUCUAGCGCGAAUUCAAGACAAGGAGAUGAUGAGAUGUCUAAAGCAAGAUUCACGCCCAGCAGAAGUCGGGCAUGCCAGGAUGGGAGUCGAUCGCUAUUGUCACAAGACGACGUGCUUUGUCUCAGACUGGCCUCCUUUGAAAAAGCAAGCUUUGAGUGAGUUGCAAUUGGGGUAAGAUAUCUAUGCCUGAGCCACCUUACCAACCAACAGUGCAGGCACGAGGGAAUGCAUUGC